AUGGACAGUCAUCCGCUGUGCACUAGACUGUGUCCACAUUCUCUGAGUGACAAAGACGAUGGAGUGGAGAGGCAGGGCCCUGUGACCCUGAACCCCCGGCACAUGAGGAAGGCUUUUAAAGUCAUGAACGAGCUGCGCAGCCAGAGCCUACUGUGUGAUGUGACCAUAGUAGCAGAGGAUGUUGAGAUAUCGGCCCACAGAGUGGUUCUCGCAGCUGGAAGCUCCUACUUCCAUGCGAUGUUCACAGGGGAGAUGACAGAGAGCCGUGCCAAGCGGGUGAGGAUUAAGGAGAUGGACGGCUGGACUCUGGGGCUUCUGGUGGACUACAUUUACACGGCAGAGAUCCAGGUCACAGAGGAAAAUGUGCAGGCUCUGCUGCCUGCUGCUGGUCUGCUCCAGCUGACCGAGGUGAAAAAGGCUUGUUGUGAGUUCUUGAGCUCCCAGCUUCAUCCCUCCAACUGUCUGGGAAUCCGAGCCUUCGCUGACCUCCACGCCUGCUCCCAGCUGCUCACACAGGCUAACAGCUACGCAGAGCAGUAUUUUACAGAAGUAGUGGGAAGUGAAGAAUUCCUAAAUUUGGGCAUGGAUCAAGUGUCGAGCCUCAUCGCUAGUGACAAACUGACUAUUCCCACAGAGGAGAAGGUUUUCGAGGCUGUUGUUGCUUGGGUCAACCAUGAUAAGGAUGUUCGCCAAGAGCACUUGGCUCAUCUGAUGGAACAUGUGCGGUUGCCACUUCUAACUAGAGAAUAUCUGGUGCAGCGCGUGGAGGAAGAGUCUCUUGUUAAAAACAGCAGUGCCUGCAAAGACUACCUGAUCGAGGCUAUGAAGUAUCAUCUGCUGCCCGCCGACCAGAGAGCUUUAAUGAAAACAGCACGUACUCGGAUGAGGACCCCAGCCUGCUGUCCCAAGGUGAUGGUCGUGGUUGGAGGACAAGCUCCCAAGGCUAUCCGGAGUGUUGAGUGUUAUGACUUUGAAGAACAGAGAUGGUACCAAGUCGCCGAGCUGCCCACAAGGAGGUGCAGAGCAGGGGUUGUCUACGUGAGCGGGUGUGUAUAUGCAGUCGGCGGCUUCAACGGCUCGCUCAGAGUGCGGACAGUGGACUGUUAUGACCCCAUGAUGGACCGAUGGACCAGUGUGAACAGUAUGCAGGACCGCCGCUCCACACUGGGGGCAGCGGUGAUGAACGGCCUCCUCUACGCAGUGGGAGGCUUUGAUGGGAGUACAGGUUUGUCCACGGUCGAAGCCUACAACUCCAAAACAGACGAGUGGUUUCACGUCCUGCCCAUGAGCACGCGCCGGAGCAGUGUGGGAGUCGGCGUUGUCAAUGGAAUCCUUUAUGCUGUUGGAGGUUAUGAUGGCGCGACGAGGCAAUGUCUGAGCACAGUAGAAGCAUACAAUCCCAAGAGCAACACGUGGAGCUACAUCGCAGAGAUGGGAACCAGGCGCAGUGGGGCAGGAGUGGGAGUGUUGAAAGGAUUACUAUAUGCAGUGGGGGGACACGAUGGACCUUUGGUUCGGAAAAGCUGUGAGGUAUAUGACCCCGCCUCUAACAGCUGGAGACAGGUGGCGGACAUGAACAUGUGUCGAAGGAACGCAGGUGUGAGCACAGUAAACAACCUGCUAUAUGUGGUGGGAGGAGAUGAUGGCAGCUGUAAUUUAGCCUCGGUGGAGUUUUACAAUCCUGGGACCGACAAGUGGACCCUUCUGCCUACAUGCAUGAGCACAGGAAGAAGUUAUGCAGGUGUAACAGUGAUAGAUAAACCCCUAUGA